AUGGUAGCGGAGCCACGGCUCCAGCUAGAGGCUUGGUUUCACCCGAUAUCCCGCGUGUCUUGGAUCAGCUUGAUUGCUGCCCUUCACUUAGCCGUCUGGUUCGCUGCCAUUCACUUGGCCGACCCACUGGCUUCAGAACACACUUUUGUCGUAAGUCCCCUUGGAGUUGGGGCAGAACCGGAGUUCGCUUUUUCUGGUGGACUGCACUUUUGCAAAGCAAGCAGUGCCUGUGAAACCUGGUGUGGUGGAGAUCUCAGUGCAAGCGGUAUCAGUGCAGGUGGGGGUGUUUGGGCCUCUGGCGGUCGCUGGGUUGGAUAUCGAUUCUUCCUGGCGAGUGGUUGGAGCAGGUGGUUCAGGGACUGCCUUGUGGGUGCAAUGGAGCCUUCGAGUGGACAGGAGCCUGGCAUGGGGAGUGCUGGUCCGAACCAGCCCGUGGAUGCAGAGGCAGCAAUGCGAAACGAGAUUGACAGGAUCGUCCGGGGAAGACUUGACCAAGCUUUGGGAAGUGUCUUCUCGAGAUUGAUUACAACAACGGAGCGAGCUGCUCAGGCAGCAGAAUCACAGGCAGUGGCCUCAAAGAGCAAUGGUCUCUUGAAGGCCUUGAGGAUGCCUGAGUGGAAGCCAAAAGACAGAGAGGAGGAGCUGCGAACAUGGAAGGAGUGGCAUUUCCAGUUGUGCACUUGGUUGAUUGCGAAUGACCCCGAGUUCGAGGGCGACAUGGAGGACAUCACAUGGGACGAAGAGAUCGACAGCAGUCUGCUGCCGGAUGAGACAGCAAGUCGCAGCCAGCGAUUGUUUGGAGCACUUUGCUCCCUGGUCAAAGGCAGGCCUUUGCUUUUGAUCAAGGGUCUGGAAAAGGAGAAGAAUGGAUACGAGGCCUUGAGGAGGCUUCGGCGCGAGAUGGAACCGAAGGAGCGCACGCGCUCUUUGGCGAUCAUGCGUCAGCUUGCGCAGUGGGAGUUCAAGGAGAAUGUGGGCCUGCAUGAGCAGCUGGUUGCCUAUGAGGAGGCACUCAGAGCUUAUGAGAGCAGCAGCGGCAAGACCUUCAGCGAGGACCUCAUGGUUGCGACAGUGGUCAUGGGCCUUAAGGAGCCUUUGAAAAGCCAAGUUCAGCUCAGGAUGACCCCGGAUACGAAGUACAGCGACUUGCGAGAAUGGAUUCUCCAGUACGAGAAUGUCAACACGCCCUGGAGUUUGAGCCUGAGCACCAGCAGCAAUGCCAAGCAGGAGGACCGCAGCCAAUGGAUGUGGACCAAGUUUGGGCCAAAGGCUGGGGCAAAGGAGGAAAGAAGGGUAAGAAGGGCAAAGAUGACAAAGGCAAGGGAAAAGGAAAAUGGGCCAAAGGAGAUGGCAAGCAGCAGCAGUGGAGCAAAGGACAGCAGCAAGCCCAGUGGGGUAGAGGCAAAGGCACCGGAGGAUGGCAGAAGGGCAAAGGAAACUACAGCAGCAACAGCUGGUGGGAAAACAACCAGCGUGGAGGGAAGUGGUGGAGCCACUUCGUCCGGAGCUUCGUCAGCCUCGACCUCGGCCACAGCCUAUAGGACACCGAGCACAGUGCAGCAAGUUCAAGCAAUGCCUCUGGGAACACCUCCAGGUUGCAGGGCUGUGGAAAUCUUUGACAUUUCCGAGGUUGAGUGCGAGAGCGAUUUGGGAGAGUUCAGCUUGGACGGUGCCGAGGUGAUGAUGGUGUCGGCUGUCAGCACCAAGGAAUCCGGGAAGGUGAUGGAGUUCAGAAUGGAUAGCACCGAUGAAGACAAUGAGUGGGUUGUUUGGGAGCCGAGCGUCUUCGACCAGAACUUGUUGGAAACGGAGGUUGAAAUCAACAUGGUGCAGCACUAUGGAAGAGUUCAACCUGGAGGAACCGAAGUGGAGGUUGUAAUGGACUCAGGAGCAGAUGUUUCGGUGGCUCCGCUCGACUUCGCAGGCCUGGGCGACCCGGCUGGACCUCUGGAAGUAUUCAUGCGAGAUGCUCAAGGCCAUGAAAUUCAACAACAUGCUGCAAGAUACUUGAAUGUGGAGGUGCAAGAUGAUGAAGGCAAGUGGGUCACCAUCCGGGAGAAGUUCGCCAUAGCCAAAGUGAACUCACUCAUCAUCUCGCUGGGCAAGCUCUGGAGGAACACCCUGGUCAUGACUGCCCUGGUUUCGUCCAUUGCCAUGUUGGAUGUCUCGGCGCUUCCCCCUCAGCUCGAGGAUGUGAUCGAAACGCAGUGUGGUCGAGCGACGACUGGGAGUGGGUCGACGACCUAUGACUUUGAGCACUCGCCGAAGGUGAUCACGAACAUCGAGUCUGAGCUAGCUGGGUUCAGGGAUGUGUGUGUGCUUUUCCACGUGGCAGAGCUCAACCGGGAUAUCUUGACGAAUCCCGGGACCCUCUUCGAUGAGCCCAAGGAGUUCGAUGAGCCCUAUGUGCCUGGAGAUGUCGGGGGUGGUCUUGGCGAUGAGCCAAUGGAAGUGCUUGGAGGAGAAUGGGACCUUCGAGGACAAGUUCGGCACGCGGAUCUUGAAGACGACGAGUUGGAUGGUGUGGAACUAAGCAUGGAAACCCCCCUCAAGAAUCUGAAAGAUCUCUGUGACAAGCUCGGGGUGAGCAAGAGUGGGCCAAAAGCUCGUGUUCUUCGGCGACUUCGUGAUCACAAGGAGGUGUUGGAGAAGCAGCUCUCCACCGAGGUGGCGAAGCAGAUGUUCCGAGAAGGGGAGAGGAAUCCUGAACAGUUCAGGGUGCCGGUGCUUCCAAGCAAAGAGCAACAAGACCUACAUGCCUUGACACAUCACCCUUUCCAGCCCUGGUGUGAAGCAUGUGUCAUGAGCCGGUCAAGGCAAUCCCCUCACGAGAAGCAAACGGAGGAGAAGGGUGACAUCGUCGAGAACGAGUACAAGGAGCCAAAGCCUCGCAUCCAGAUUGACUAUUGCUACACCUUCACAAAAGAGCGAGGUGAGGUGGAGCCUGAGGAACCGGAGCCACAGGGAGAGCACCAGCAACCUGAUGAAGCCCAGGAAGCCGAGGACUACAGGGACCAAUUCGCUUUGAACCUUGUGGGCGCAGAGUCAACGAGUGGAUGGGUGGUUGCCAUUCCCUUGGUGGCAAAAGGCUCCUCUUCGCUCAAGAAAGUGAGCGAGGCGCUCACAAGGCUUUCCAUGCAGGUGGCCGGGGCAACAGAAGUGGUGCUGCAAGGAGAUCCUGAGCCAAGCAUCAAGCAGGUGCUUCACGCUGUCGAAGCGUGCCGUGUGAAGCUUGGACUGCGCAGCGCCGUCCAGCUAGCCCCUGCGGGCUCUCACGCCUCAAAUGGGCAAGCAGAGAAGGCGGUGAGCACAAUCCGCCGGAAUGCCAUGACGUUGAAGUGCUUCCUGGAGGCUGUUGCGCCACGACGCCUCCUAGUCUUCGGGGAGAGUUGUAUUUUCCACAAGGCCACGAAGUACAAGGGCGACCUCCAGUGGAGAAAAGGCAUUUGGGUUGGCGUCAACGAGAAGAACAAUGCGCAUGUGCUUCUUACGCCAGAAGGAGCUUGUGAGAGCAGGUCGAUCCGCCGAGUGCCUGUGGAGAGCCAGUGGUCAGCCGACGAAGUCUUCCAAGUGAAAGGGCUUCCAUGGGACUAUGGAGGCAAAGUGCGAAGGAAGAGGGCCAUGUACACUUCUCGAGUUCCUCUUCUACCAGACCAUGCUUCAUUAGAGCAGUUGGCGCGUGCAGCGGGGAAAGCAGCCGCAGAAUCCAUUGCAGCAGGGACACCAAAGCCUCCUGCCGACGAGCUCGGGACGGAUUCCAGCAGCAGUAGCUCAAAUCCAUCUUCUCCGUCACGGUCAUCAAGAAAGAGCCAAGGAAUGGAAGACAUAGCAGAGGAGAAAGCACCAGCAGCAGAGGAGAAAGCGCCAACAGCAGAGGAGGAAGCACCAGCAGCACAAGAGGAAGCGUCAGCAGCGAUGGACAGCAGCACUAAGGUAACGAGACCGGGGCCUGAAAAGGGACCAGCAAGCAAGCGAGUCAAGCUUCUGCUGGACCGGCCCAAAGGCUCACCGACUGCUGGGAGCGUUGGUGGCUCGCUGUACCCUCCAGGGUUUGCUGGAAUCUCCAUGGUCCACGGCGACGUCGAAAUGGAUGAGUAUUCGCAGGCAGAGACAUGGCUUGAUGAAGUGGAGCCAGUCCUGGAGUUCACAGAGAAUGCUUGUGAAGAGAUGUGGUGGUCUCCUGAUGACCCACCGCCGGAACUAAGCCCUGACGAGUUGGCAGCUUUGGACCUUGAGAGCGACAGAACAGAGGUGGAGCGCCUGGUUGCCAUGGGCGCACUGAGGCCCCCCAGGGAUGGAGAGGACCUGGGGCAAUACGAGCAGUUGACUACGAAAGUAGUCAGAGACUGGCGAAAGAGGCCUGGCUGGAUUCGCAGAUCUCGCCUAGUGGCCAGGGAGUUUCGCUCGUGGACGCCGUGGUCGCAGGAGCUGUUCGCUCCAUCAAGUUCUCUGGCAGUGGUGCAUGGGCUGAUGGCUUGGGCACAAGCCAGAGGCCUCGAGCUCACCACGCUCGACAUCAAGGACGCCUACCUGAAUGUGCCGCAGAAGGCACCAGUGGUGAUCGAGGUCGACGCGCGGCUCUUUGACACCCAGAGCAGUGGCUCUAGGAGGUUUGUGCUUGAGAGGCUGUUGCCAGGCCAGAGGGUUGCAGCCAGUGAGUGGUUCCAGUACAUGAAGGGGAUGCUUGCGGAGGCGGGGCUCACCGGCUUUGCUAAGGAGCCCACCUUGUUCCGAGAUGAGAGGCCUGGCUGUGACACAGGCCUGGUGCUGCAUGCUGAUGAUGGGCUUCUUGCUUCAACACCAGCAGCCCGACAAGCCCUUGAGAAAGUGCUCGCCAAGAAGGUCAAGGUCCAAAUCAGCAGCCCACUGAAGGAGGUGGGGGAUGAGCUGGAGUUCCUGAAGCGAAGAUAUGUGAAGCUUGAAGAUGGGAUAGCAAUGUAUUCGGGGCAAAAGCAUGUUGAGGCUCUCUUGGAAGCAAUGGGGCCUGGAUUGAAAAGCAGAGACACUCCAGGAGAUGCCAGUCUCUUGGAAGCUGAUACAAGUGCCGCCCUCGCUCCUGAAAGGGCCAAGCAGUACAAGGAGUGUACUGGCAGGCUCUUGUACCUGAGCCACACGAGGCCGGACAUACAGUACAGCACAUGUGUCCUUGCAAGUAAGAUGAGCUCACCAACAGUUAUGGCCUACAAGUGGCUGGCGAAAGUCGCCGGCUACCUCCAGAAGGUUCCCAGUCUUGGCUUCCUGAUCAAGCCUUUGCAACAAGCAGCCUGUUUGGAAUACAAAGGCUCAGGACCCCUUCAGCACGGAGGCCAGGUCGUCUUGGAAUCCGUAACAGAUGCUGACUGGGCUGGGUGCAAGCGAACAAGAAAGUCUCGCUCCUCGGUGCAUCUGUACCUGGGUGGCAGCUUGAUUGCCAGUCACGUUAGAACUCAGAAAUCUGUGUCGCUCAGCAGCGGGGAGUCGGAGUUCGUUGCAAUGGUGAGUGGGGGCACUGAAGUUGUGUUCAUCCGGGAGUGCCUCGACUACUUGAUGAAAGGGUUCGCUGAGAUUGAUGUUGUGCUUCGAAGUGACAGUGCUGCAGCUAGAGGCAUCAGCCAGCGAAUCGGCUGCGGCAAGGUCAGACACUUGAGCUGUGGCCUUUUGUGGGUCCAAGAGGCCAUCAAAGCCAAGGUCUUCCGUGCAAGCCCUGUGUCAGGGCAACGAAACCCCUCUGACCUGGGUACAAAACCUCUGAGCGGCCCUCGCGUCCGAGAGCUCCUAUGUCGAAGUGGAGCAGUGGACGAUGAUGGAAAUCCAUAUGGACUUGAGGACCUUGAGAGAUCCCAGAGCAAGAUGCAAGUGAAAGAAAUGAUGAAAAGCAGCGGAGUGGACCUAGUGCAUGCGAAGAAAAUUCUGCCGAUCUUGCUUGUGAUGGCCCAAGUGCUUGGGGCUGAUGGUGCAGAGGGCUUGGGCCUCGCCGUGACGAUGGCGAUGAUGGAAGAUGCUCUUCUGUCUGGAGUGGCUACGAUGGCGACUGGCCUGGUAGUAGUGUUGUUUUGGCUUGGGGCUUUGUGGGUCAUUUGGUGGAUCUACAAGUGGGCCCUUCCAGGCCGACGAGCAACUGUGGACCAGGCCAGCCAAGCAAAAGUGGAAAAGGUGAACCGCUACACCCAAGCGAGCAUCGGAAUGUCACCAAGCGAGCGGCAGUUCAUGAACGAGUAUGUCGACAGAUGUAGUUUUCUCACCGAAGCCCUGCAUGAAGAACAUCGUACUGUAGAGCAAUGCGAGGAAGCUUUGAUUGAGGUUCGCAAUGAGAAUAGGGAUCUUCGUGCAAGGCUCGCUAGGAGUGAAGGGCUAGGAUAUGCCCCCGAGUCAAUCACAAUCGCAACUCACCGGGGCACAGUGUAUCAUCGUGAAGAUUGCGGAGCCCUGGCCAACAGUCGUCAUAUCGCCAGAUACAGGGCCUGUGAUAUUUGUAUUCGGCCCAGGGCAACAGAAAUGUAG